UGCAUUCUCACGCGCAAUAUCAAACUCCAAUAUCAAUUCCGCCUGAGAAAAUUAUAUUUGUGUAAAGAAUAAGCCAAAAAGUUUUACAGAAGGCUAUAAGGAUUAACGCGCUGUAAACCAAGUCAAUAUGAACCCCAAGUUUAAAGAAAUAGGUGGCUUAUUUGUAGGAGAAUACUACAAGGCAUUCGAUGCCAAAAAUAAUAGAAUGAAUCUGAAACCUUUUUAUCAUGAAGCAGCCUUGUUAACAUUUGAGGGACAGGAAUUCCAAGGACCUGAAUCUAUACUUCAAAAGCUCAUGAGCAUUCAGUCGGACAAUAUAGAAAGACUCAUAUCUAGUGCAGAUUAUCAACCAACAAUAGAUGGUGGUAUCUUUUGUACAAUCAGUGGACAAUUACGGACAGUUAGUGAGCAUGAUAAACCAAUGCCUUUUGUACAUACAUUUCUAUUGAAACCAGUUGGAGAGAAUUUCUUUGUAUUUAAUGAAGUAUUCCGGUUAGCUCUUCAUGAUUGCUAGAAUGUUUAUACCAACAACCAUAGUGAAUACAAUAUUGUUGUGAAUAAUGUGAUAAACUAUGAUAUAUCUUCUUUGAAGAAGUACAUAAUGAGUUGUAAGACAUUUGCAAGUGGAUUGUGACUUGAAUGGAUUAUUCCUAUUCCUGUGUAUGAUAUCAGCUAUGUUAUUAUGUAAUCUUAUCUCAAGCUGAACAACUCUUCAUUUGUUGCUUUUGUCCCUUAUAACACAAUUUUUAUCCAACUAUCUGUUAAUUUUUAAGAAGGCACUUCAUCCAUCGAAACCAUCCAUAUCCUAGUCAGAUUUGAGUUUUUAUUGUGUUUAAGAGCCAAGGUAGUGAAUACAACUAUUAUAUAAAUUUGUAACCAUGAAGAUAUUGAAUGACUUUGUCUUGAUUUAUAAAUAUAGCUGAAUUAUGUAGCAAUUGUUUUUAUGUGUCAUGUCAUAACCUUGUUAAAAAUUCUGAAUUAAACAGCACAAAUAAUU